CGGGGAAUGACUGUUGGUGGAACGUGUUUCAGGCGGAACCUCGGCGCUCCUGCUCUAUCAUGUGCUGCAUUUGAAUUAGUCCGGCGGAAGUGGGGCUUGCGGCCUCAGCACAAUAGAAAUGGCGAGCAGCAUCGGCAAACACAAGAUUGUGAAUGUGGGUCCAACAGAGCCCUGGUCCAUCAGGGAGAAACUGUGCCUGGCCUCCUCUGUUCUGAGGAGUGGCGACCAAAACUGGGUGUCGGUGAGUCGAGCCAUCAAGCCUUUUUCAGAGGCCGGUCGGCCUCCUGACUGGUUUUCCCAGAAGCACUGUGCCUCCCAAUACUCUGAACUGCUUGAAGCAACAGAAGCACCAAAGCGCAAGCGUGGCGAGAAGGGUGAGGUGGUUGAAACCAUUGAGGAUGUGAUUGUACGAAGACUGACAACAGAGCGGAUAGAGGAGCUUAAGAAACUACUGCGGGAUUCACAGGAACAGUACAGGAAAUUAAAGAAAGAGGUGGAUCUCAUACAGACGGGUCACAUGGACUCACAGCUGAAGGAAUUAUGGGCAGAAAUCACGCUAAAAAAGAAGCAGGAUGAGGAGGAAGCAGAGCAGAAGAGGAAAGCGACAGAGGUGGCAUAUCAGGCUCGCCAGGCAGUCAAAAACACACCUAAGCGCCUGUCAAGUGUCACAGUUCGCUCUCCCCUUGGUGCCAGCUCGCCCAUGCUGGAUUCUCUGACUGACUCCUCGGCACCCACGCCACCAAUGGAAACAGGAGGCGCCAGCUCGGACGACACCAGCUCUCUCUCUGUGGCCCAGGGUGUGGGAGUGUUUCUCCCAGUGACGGAGGCCUCAGGCCCGGGGCCCAAGGAAGGAGGAGGAGGAGGAGGUAUUGUUACGCUAGUGGAAGACUCCCCACAGAAGCGGCUCCUGGCACAGAAAGCCACGCCGCCACCUUCUCCUCUCCUGUCAGAGCUUCUCAAGAAAGGCAACCUCAUUUCGGCCAGCCCCCGCCUGGUUGCUGAGGGAGACUCGACUGGAAACCUAAGUAACGGAUUGCAGACUGCUACCGUCACCGCACCAUUACCCGCCACCCAUGACGUCAUCGCAGAAGGUGAAACGGAGGCUGCAGUGAAGGAAGAGCUCACUGAAGAGACGGGAUUGGUCGAAGAGGACCUCGUAGCUGUGUCCUACAUGGGGGACGAGCUUGACCUGGAGACGGUGGGAGACAUCAUUGCCAUCAUUGAGGAAAAGGUGGACGACUCGGUGGAGGCUCUGGACGCUGCAGCAGUGGAAGCAGCACUGUCUCUUUGCGAAGAGGGCCACAACCUACCGGGCCCGUGGGAGACCCAGGAGUUGAAAACCCCCGAGCCCACACCGACAGAUUCUGAGCCCACUCCACUGCCUGAAGAAGUGGCCACGAUGGCAGAGCCGACUCCUGCUGGUCAGGAGACGCCGAGCGAGGCCGAAGCGAAGGCAGAGAACUGUGAGGCGCCAGAGAAAGAAUGUGAGAACGUGACUGCCGGGGGCUCAGAAGACUGCGCUGCAACGAGCGAAGCGGUCGAAGAGGCGACGGCCGAGAAGGAGAGUUCUGACCCGACGGUGAAGACUGAAGGAGAAGAGUGGAAUCAGCCUGAAACCAACCCGCCCUGUCUCGAUUCUGAGGAUAGUUCGGUGUCAGGUCGGGAGUCCAAGGAGGUGAAAGAGGAAGAGGCGGGCAGCGAGGGCGACCCCGAGGAAGGAAUGGAGCUGAAGGAGGAGUGUGGGGAGGGUGAGGGUCCGUACUUGUCAGAGGCGGAGCGCGCGGCCAGCGAGAGCGAGGACGGCUACGGGCCCGUGUCCCAGCGCUACACGGCAGAUUCACUGGCCAGCAGCCCGGCCUCGUCCUCGCAACUGUCCACGUGUGGAGAGGACCAGGAGGCAGUGCAGGCCCAGAAAAUCUGGAAGAAAGCCAUAAUGUUGGUGUGGAGAGCCGCGGCCAACCACAGGUACGCCAGCGUCUUUUUGCAGCCCGUGUCUGAUGACAUCGCCCCAGGGUACCACAGCAUCGUGCACCGACCCAUGGACCUGUCGGCCAUCAAGAAGAACAUCGAGUCGGGCGUGAUCCGCACCACCGCCGAGUUCCAGCGCGACAUCAUGCUGAUGUUUCAGAACGCCGUCAUGUACAACUCCUCGGACCACGACGUGUACCAGAUGGCCCUGGAGAUGCAGCGCGACGUCCUGGAGCACGUGCAGCAGUUCCUGGCCACCCAGCUCAUCAUGCAGACCUCAGAGAGCGCCAUCUCUGCCAAGAGCCUCCGCGGCAGGGAGGGAAACCGCAAACCCGGGGAGCCAGCUGACAAGGACAGUGUUCCAAUGGCCUCUCCUGCUUUCCUUCUCUCUCUCUUUGACGGAGGCACCAGGGGGCGACGUAGCGCCAUGGAGGCGGACCUCAAAAUGAAGAAAUGACUGGAGAGCCCCUCCUCGAGUACUUGAAGUGUCGCGGAGUGGGCGAGUGUGUGCAGUGUUUCCCGGUCAGUCGGCUUCAGAGGAUCUCACUCACUCACCCACCCACCCAGCUUUCUAUUUACCAUUGAAGAUAGUUCACCUGUCCCCGCCGCAGCGGAGGAGAGGAGCUUUUCACCAGCAAACGUUUGUGCUCGGAGGAGAGCCUUCGUCCUGUUCUUUAGACAGAGUGCUUUAACAAGUGUCGAGGAGACGACUGGCAGCUCUCAGAAGGCGAUUGUAAUGUAGUGCUUUGUUUCAGCCCACGACGCGCAGAGCCGCCCUGGCCCUGGUGUUUCAGGGGUUGCCAGGCUGGUCCCUGAGCGUGGACUUCCCAUGAGUCACUUGACUACUUUCCUCCUAUUGUUAGCUUCCCAAACGAGGAAAUGUUGAGUUGUUGGCGUCAGUUCAAAAAGGUUUCCACAGACGCGACUCCAUGAACACACACAUGAGCAGCCGGCUGGAGCUUCCCCAAACACCUCCAGGUGGCUGGAAGCUUGGUGGGCUGAAACAUGGCUGGCUAGUUUGGUGGCGUCCUCUUGACACGUAGCCAGUGACGUUAGCAGUUUUGUACCAGGACCGUGUAGAUUUGUGUUUGACUAGCCCAUACGUGUGCGUUUUUGUUGUACAUUUGUUAAAUAAAAGAUUAUUCUGAAACGAGCUGUGUGACGCCGACGCUCCACUGGAGCUUCAGUCCAGGCUGGAAGUCGCACGCUCCACUUCCCAAAACAAGUCAUCAAAGGUUGUGUGGAUCCAGCCUCGUUGAACUGGCGGCUCCUUGUUGGGAAACAAAAAGCCGGAGAGGCGGAAGGUUUGUGUGACACAUGUAUUGAGGAUAAAUAGGUGUCCAACGGUGGGGCCUGCCCGUCACUUGUCAAUCACCUAACCCCGCUCGACAGGACGCGGGCGCUUCAGCUGAACUCGUGCACCACAGGACUGGCCGAGGAGUCGAGCUUCCUCUUCACCAGCCUGUACUCGGGUCUCUGCUUCAGCACCUCCUCCUCCUCCUUCUUCUUCUUCGUCUCAAACAUGUGCUUGAGCGGCGGCCAGCCCUCGUCUUGCACCGCUCCGAACACCACCGAGAGCCUGAAGGUCGGGGUGAUGCUGGGCUCCGGCCGGAUGCUCCCCACAGGCUUGACCUCCUCUUUGUCCUCCACGUGGACCUUGAUGGAGGCACCGCGAAGGCCGCAGGGUGAGGUCCUGGCCCACCUGGCGGCGGCGGGGCAGCAUCAGCACCUGCCACUGCAGGGUGGAGGACUUGGCCUGCUCCUCCCAGUGGAGGGCUGCAGAAGGUGCAAACACACGGCGUCAGUAUCGGUUUCCUUAGCUGGUGGAACUUCCGCGUUCUUCAGCAGAUGGUCGCACCCGGAAGUUGCGAGCCUAGGUUGUGAUCGCCGCUGAGUUGGACGCAGAACAAAAAGGAGUGAGACAUGAACUCACGGUCACAGGAGUCCAUCUCCUCGCAGCUUUCCACGCUCCCCCGGCGGACGGAGCGGAGCGGCUGUGGAGACGCUCCGGGCUCUCCUCCUCACGCUGGCGCCGUGUGUUUUCCAUGGAUGUCAGAGGAGCCUCGACGGUGCUUCGAGAGCCGCCAGUUGCAUCAGCAGAGACGCGUCCGAUUGGCCGAGCUGGCCUCGCGGGGGCGGGACUUGAGUCGGGAAUGGCUCUCACGCCACUUGUCCGGACAUUGCACCGAGGGAGCUGGGACCCGAGUCACCCGCGUGUCGUGUGACUGGCAGCAGCGCCGCUGCGGGGCACUCGUGCUGUACACAGUCAGUAAUGACAAGAGAGAGUCCAGUGCCAGACGCAGCUAUUGGAGACAACAACAACAACUUGUGAUCAAGUGCCUUUUCUAACCCUGUUGACAUGUUUCUCCCCGAGUUCUGUUGCCGAGGUCUUCCAUAGUUCAGGUUCGAUGUGAACCUUGGUUCCACAUCAAAUCCCAUAUUUCAAGCACAAGGGUCGGAGCAUAGUCCCACUCGUCUCUCUUCUGUCAUGGCUGGGUGCCAUUGAAGAUUCGGCCCCCAGCAUUAGUCCAGGAACGAAGGUGCUCUGUCUGCAUGUGUCCUGGUGAAGGACUCGGCCCUUGUUCCACUUUCAACUGACCUGUGUUCAUGCACCUGCUGCAGUUGACCGUCUCUGACCCUGGUUGGCCACCCAGUCAUUUGUGGGCCCCAAAACAUGUGGAGCGUCAUCACGCGCUCCGCCAAUCUUGGUUUGAAGAGACGUUUUCACUCAGCUUAUGAGACGCCUCUCUCCCUAAACCGAAGCAUCCAAAACAAGUGGCUCACCGGAACCAGGACUCCCAAGCAAACGGCGAGCUAGUGACUUGGUCCUCAUAAGUAAGGCACACUGAAAACGCAACAUGUCAGGAGCAAUCUUCACGGAGCACGAGCGUGAAGCCAGAGCACUUGAGGUGACUUUUGAACCCAUGAAUUCAUUCUUUUCCUUCUGUCAAUCCGUUGGCAGGUGGGUUCCUCUUCACUUCAGCUGAGGUUCACAGUUCCACUGUGUAGGGACUGAGAAUCUUGUAGUACAUUAGUCGUACAACCAUGUUGGAUUUUCUGUCUGGACUUGAUUGACGUCAGGAGUUGUGUGUCGAUGGAAGAUAAAUGAAAGGUGGAGUGUUUGGACGGCUGCUGUUGGAGCGCUGGCUCAUGAGGAGAAGCCAGACUGGCAGGCGGCGGGAAGUGUGGCUGACCUCUGACCUGGGACGGUGUCUGAGGAGAGGCCGUCACCGUGAGGCGGCCCACUGUGAGUGGAGUGGUGGUGUGUGAGCGUUUAGUUUCUCAGGCCACACGAGGCCUCUGAAGGAGAAGCACCUCACGCUUGAGAGGCGACGCCGGCGGCUCCUCAACUGUCGGCAUUUAUGUACACCUCAUGACAUUUCAAGAGUUUCCGAGUGCUGGGAUUCAACUUCUCUGCUGCUGAGAGUGACUGGUCCUGAAGGGACCCAUUGUUGAGAAUGCUUGCCCCGUGUUGAGAACAUUCCUGACAGCAGAACACCACCAGCCCCUCUGGUGUUGAGAGCGUUACAUGCACAACAACAGACGCAGAAUGUGCGCUUACGUCACAAGUGAAGUCAAUGCCAUGAAUUGAGAUGCAAACAUCUGUAGACUGAGCUGCUUCUCCUGGUACGACUGUGUACUGCAUACAAUACUGUAACUCCCUGUGCAACUACACUGCUCCUGCCACCACGUCUGUGACUACAGCGACUACUCUUUGCUCUACGACUACUGCUGGACCCCUGCUGCCACUCUCAGUGCUAGCUGCAGUGCCACCACCGUUGCUACCUCUCGUGCUUCAGCUGAGUCCAUGCUUAGCUCUGCUGAGGCAACAGCUGCUGCGUCGCGAGCUUCCCUGCGGAGCUCCGUUGGGACCAGCGCUGCUGCUCCACUGGUGCUGGAGCGGUGAGGAUUCUCACUCACUGGCUUUACUGCCAAGGGGGCUGCAAGUCCACAGCUGACUUGGUUCCAUCCCCAUCAGCAGCACUGGACGUAUUGCGUCAUAUGCAUUCAUGGGGAGAUUUCAAGGCGAGCGGAGUGCCCCUCAUUCCUCACUUCCUUUCUCAAGUGUCGAUGGUGUUUUUGAAGCUUUGCAAACCCACGUGACCUCAGGCUGUCCUACUGGACGGAGGAGGUCCGGCCCUCUGGAUGGGUCUUUCCAGCUGGUUGAGCUUCCGCUGCUAGUUCUGACACGUUCUUUCACAGCUGUGGCGCAGCCCGAAAACGUGGUCGGUGGCUUUGAAAGUGGACACGCGGAGUGAUGUGGUGGGCUCGUGACAGCGUCUCAUGAAGUCAGCCGGUCCGACACGGUCACGUGGACGGAACAAAGCAGCUGAGGUCAGGAGGCGGGACGAGGCCUCCACAACAGACGCCCACCUUCUCCAUCACACUCUGACGGAAGGAUCUCAGUCUGAUCCAGGCAGCGUCCAGAGGCGUCCUCCCACCUUGUGAGCAGCCGCUGCAGUAGCUCAGAGGCGUCCUCUUCACCAAACACCCGUCCACACACACACACAGGGAAGACAGUGAGUCCAGCUCCACUCCUCCUCAUGUGCUGACUGCGCUGACGUCUGUGUUGGAUGCUGCAGCGGCAGAGUGAGUGAUCGACGGUGGAGUGGUUUCAUGGCGCUGGACAGCUCACCUGUAACUGAGCCAGGUGUCGGUGUCCUGUCGUCACCAGCGUCCUGCCCGUCUCUCACGCCUCACUCCACUUUCACUCCAAUAUGCUCUUGUCACACGUUGGUCUGUUUCACCAAGGCAGAUGAUCGUCACCUGCUCCCACCAGCACCCUCCAACUCUUCUGGCUCUGGCCUGGUGGCUUCUCACAUCUCGCCGGUAGAUGGUGCUGUUGACGCUCCAGAUGUGACCACAGGGUGGCGCUAAUGAGUGGGUUAGGUGAGUUGGCCUCUCACCAUCAUGAUGUAAAUAAUGUCGUCUCCAACUUUUGGAGCGCACAUUAUUCACGCUGCGUCUUCCGUGUGCUCCAGUACAUUGGGUGCUGCUCGGCAUGAAAGCCAUUUGACUUGAGUGGAGUCACUGACUUGAAAAGUGGUGGAUUUGAAUCUGACGUUCUUUUCUCAUCAGCCGUCUUCUUGCCCACCUGUAUAUUGUGUAUGGACAGAUCACAGGAUGAGCAUGACUCUGGCUGAGCUUUGACAAAAGUAGCACUUAACGUUAACACAACACUGGACUUGGAUUUCUUGGCUUGAAUGAGAACACGAGUAUUAUAGACUUUCUCAAGUCAGUGGGCCCCGACGAGUAUCGGCAGAACCAUUCGUCUUCUUACAUUUGAAAAUGACUUUCCUGCUGAAACACGUCUUGUAAUUCUGGGACUGUUUAUUUUGUGUUCAGUUGCUUGCUCUGGCCGAUACGGACAGAAGCUUCACCAGGAGGCCUUCCUCAGUAUUAGGCGCUGGAAUAUUCGCCCGUGGAGCUGCAGAACAAGUGAGAGAGCGACUGGUGUCAGUCAGAGAAGAGUCGUCUCCGAGGAACAGGGGUUGUGAAAAGGGACAGGCCAGGGCCAGUGUUGUGGACCCUGAAUGAACGCAUUUGGAUGGAGGACCAUGGACGAGAAGAAGAGGCUUGGAGCGGUGUGUGAUGCUGCUGGAUCUUCAUCGCUCCAACAGUGACGGCUCUGGAAUCAGACGCUGCUAUUUGGCUCCCACACAAAACACCGCUGCUUUCAUGCAAACGUUUCGCUCGGCUGCACUUGUUUUUUACAGACGCUCCACAUCAAACACAGUGAAUGCAGAGCUGUUUAGAAGAGAGGAGACAAAGCUCUUCCGUCGGGCACUUUGAAGCUGCGCCGCCUUGACAGACGUGAUCAAAGAAGAGGAUGUCAGUCUGAGAAAACCGCACACUGCUAAUGCAGAGUAGCACAGCCAUUGUCAAACACAAGACGCCGCGGCGCGGUCACAGCACCUCCAGUGUGUCUUGGUGGUCCCUCUCCAGGGGCCACCUCCCUCAGCGUCCAGGGUGAGGAGCCAGUUCUGCUCCUGCCUCUGGGCCGUUAGCAGGUGGAAAAGAGGGGGUUCAGCACCGGCGGAGGAGCUGCAUUAGUUAGCAGGGACGGACGGGGAUGAGCUGGAACAGAAUGUCCCGGGGAGAACAUGACCUUUCAUGACUUUGAAGACCUCAUCCAAGCCAUCUGGACCUCUAAUUCUCAAUUGGGGAGCCACCUCCAUCUUGUUUUUUCAGAUUUGAUUGUCCCACGUCUCUGUUGAAGGAUGUUGGAGGUGGAGAGACCAGGACAGAGGAGAAGCUGAAGAGCAGCACGGAGGCCUGUGGAUGUGCUCGGACGCAGGUGUUCGGGAGGAUGCUCUGAUUCACAUUUCUUUGGUGGGUUUUUAUGGAUUGUUGAGGCGUUGACAUCACAUGAUGGUUCUGGAACAACAUGAUGGGACAGAAGAAUCUUUGUAAAUUUGCUGGUGUCAGCUUUUAGCCUUCAAAAAGCUCCAGGUCGAAGUAUUUCCAGUACAAAGACACAAUGAAUGAAUAGAUGGAGAAACGUGAGAAGGCCUUUUUUGUGCUGGUGUGGUGUGAGUCGUUGACAGCGUUGUUUGGUUUGAGAGAGGCACGUGACGUGACGACUUGCUGUUCAAUCAUCAAUACAAUUGAAAGGGAAUGUCUUCUUGAUACUGAGAAGCCGCAUGUGGAAGUGAAAAGCAGCUCAAAGUCCGUUCCCACUGCAGCUGUCGCGACUGAUAAAACCGAUAACAGUAAUGGUUACGCAGCUUUGCACCGACAGAAGCAACCAUCGACAUCAUAGUCCCACAGCACGGCGAGAGCUUCCUUCUGUCCCCUCAGUCAAGCUUGAUCUUCCGUCCUCUCACCCGUCUUCCAUCCGCAACAUUCCUGCUCCGGCGGGUGUUCGUCUGACCUCCCUGCCUUUGCCUCCCAACUACUUGUAAUUCAGCAACGCUGCGCCGAGAGGGAAGGUGAGAGAGAGGCAAAAAGCAACGUCAAUGUUAGGGUGGUGGGUGAGAGGAGAAGGCCCAAUCUCCGCCAGCGCCCUCAAACGUGCCGGCAGAAAAGACAGCUCCGAGGCCAAACCAAAGGUUCAUGCAUAUUUUAUUCAAGAGUAAAAAAGUGGAUCGUCCCGUGGGGCAUGCGUACAGUGUUAGUGAGUCAAAGCAGAGGGAAAGAAAGAGAGGGCUAGAGAGAAAGAAGCGUGGCACAGGGUCUCCGGGGGGUUCACCUCUCCCAAAGAAGCACGACAAGAUCAACCAAGGAGCAACUCAACAUGAACCAGGAGAGACAGAGAGCUUAAAUAUGAAGAGUGUCCAGAACAAUUAGAAUCAUCAUCAGUAGCAAAUAUCGAGAGGAAUGCUGCAGGGUUAUGAUCAGAGCGAGUACAACACUUUUGUCCUUUCACUUGUGACAGCAACACCGCCGGCUUGACUCUUGUCUCAGUUUUGGAACCAUGCAAUCAUGCUCUGGCCGCCCGGGUGCCUGUGCCUCUGGAUAUAAAGUAGUACGGCCAUUCGUCGUUUCAUACUGGUCUCAUCAGAACAACUCCUGUACAUCAGCGGAGAACACGGGCGAGAACGUGCACCCCACACUCCUGAGCAGCAGAAGUCAUUCUGGACUGCCGCAAAAAGCAAAAGAAGACGAGAAGACACGAUGGAUACCAAAGAAAAAUAAAUCAACAUUAUGUACAAAAUAAAUCACUCAUUUAUAUUCGCCGGAAAACAAGAAGUGAACUUUCUACGCCGUGAAACACAGAGCACAAAUAGAAUCUUCACAUUAUUAUCAAAGAACUGAAGUCUGCAUGCACUGAUGCAUUUAUAUAAAUGCUUUACAAAGACCUUCUUCUUCCUCUGGUGUCGGACGCUCAUUUCCUCCGUCUUCUUUCGCUCGACUUUCUGCAGUUUGGAAGCCGCUCAUCGGGAUGUCGAAGGAGAAUGAAGAGUUGUGGCAUCACAUUUUAACGCCCCCGAAUCUCUGCGUCACACAUCAGUAUCCGCUACACUGCAUCUGGUGUGGUGUGCGUCACACCUGCAAGCAAACCGUCCUGUCUAUGUACACUGGGAGGGAGAAUGGCGUGGGCGCUGGUCCAGUUUGACUCGGCCCAGGUGGAGCCGCCCGGCUGUGAAUCUUCCCCCCAAGUGAAGCUUCCUCCUCUCCACAUGCACGUGACAGACUUUGGAUUAGACACUGACACCUUGAAGCGUGUGCACGCUGGCAGGCAGGCAGGCAGGCAGGCGUAUCCACAGUCCCCCCCACCUGAUGCAACACCAACACAGCCACGUCAUGCUGACACCGUCAAACCCAGCGCUGAGUGAAGCACAGCUCCUCCUGCUCGGCGUCGGGAGUGAUUACAGGAAGUUGUCGCUCUCUAAAUAUGAGAGCGGUCCAGUCUCGAUGCGCUCAUGCCUUUACAUACAGCUGAGGGCGAGAUAAGGAGUAGAUCACCGUGUGCGUGUGUGUGUGUGUGUGAAAAUACUGUGACUGCAUGUGUGUGUGAUGCAUGUCCCGUGUGUGUAUAUAUCUUUAUAUAUAUAUAUAUAUAUAUAUAUAUAUAUGUAUAUGUACAUGUACAGGAAUCUAGAAAUGUGGAACCAGGUUCUGUCUGCAGCUGCGUGUCUGGGCCCAACACAGCGCACGUCCACCAUCACUGUAUAUUGCUGUUGCUGUCGGUCCCGUUGGGCUCCCCCAUGUUCAUGCGGCCCAUGGACAGGCCCACGCUGUUGAUGGCAUCGCGGCGCGGCGGCAUCCGCUCGUUGAUCCGGUCCAGACCUUUGGCCUCCUCGAAGCUGCUGAUCCGGUGCUGAGGGGAGAAGCCUCGGAUGGCUGCGGAGACAGGCAGGCGCACACGUCAAUACCCCAAAUGAAGAGUGCGGUCUGAGCGGGACACUACUGGAAACUCCCUGUUUGUUUGACAGGAUGAAAAGCGGGCGGUGGCCCAGGUAACAGAGACGUCGCACAGAGGGUGUCCCUGAGCUCAUCUGCCUCCCACUUGAGCCGCUGGUGAGCACCACUUUGCCAUUGUUACUGUCAUUUUGUGUAAGGCCAGGUGGAAAUCCUGCCAUGAAGUUCCUGCCUCUACUGCUGAUCAGACUGAACGCGGCUUGUCUUUUCUGUUGAAUUUGUCAUUCGUCUCUCCCUCACGCUGUCCAACAGAGAGACAGGUCUGACAUUCAGCUUCCUGGUGGUUGGCUUCCUCCACCAGGAAGCUGCUCUGUUUCCCUCAGAGAGAGCUACUGUUGAAGGCUUUCAAUUUUCAGGAAAGCUUUUUCACUCUUCAUUUAUCAGGUCAAAAGAAGGUCAGGCAUACAGGAAGUGUCGGCCCCCGGGCGGUUUCGGCGAAUCAGAUGCCUGGACAUCCCUGACCUAGAUGUUCUGCGACUGGCAUCAGUGUGCAGCUCCUCACAGAAGCGCUGAAGAAGGUCCAGUA